AUGCGCAAUUUAAUUGAAAGGGAUGCUGAACGCUCUGGAUUCCGCAAUUACUGGCACCAAGUUUCGCGAUACCCUGUCGCUGUUCGCCGGGAGCAUGAGCUUGAUGAUGGUUUUGCAGUGCUCUGGCCCGCAGGUUCAGCAAUCAAACAGCCACUCAGUAUCGAAUAUCAAGAUGUGUUUGGCAUGCAAGAGGCAGGCAUUGAUGGCGGCGGCUUGACCAAGGAGUUCUUGCUCGAAGCAUGCAAACAAGCCUUGCAUCCAGAUCGCGGCCUCUUUGUGGAAACGGCAGAUCGACAAUUACAUCCAGUCACAAGCCCAGCUGCUCGGACAAAGAAGGCCUUGAUGCAGUACGAAUUCUUGGGACGGCUGGUUGGUAAGUGCAUCUAUGAAGGCAUUCUGAUUGAUGCGUCAUUCGCUCCAUUCUUCUUGCUCAAAUGGAUUGGCAAGAUGAGUUAUCUGGAUGACUUGCAAUCCUUGGACAAGGAUCUUUACAUGGGCCUGCUCAAGCUCAAGGACUACACCGGAAAUGUCGAAGAAGACUUAGCGCUGGACUUUACACUGACAGAGACUUCAGCUACCGGUACAACAACAAUCAAUUUGAUCCCAAACGGCAGCGAUACUCCAGUGACACGCCUCAAUCGGCUGCAAUACAUUCACCUCGUUUGCCACUAUAAACUGAAUGCUCGCUAUCGCAAACAAGCCGAGGCAUUCGUUAAUGGUCUUGGCGCUGUCCUCAAUCCCAAGUGGCUAGCCAUGUUUUCUACGAGCGAGCUGCAAGCACUCAUUGGCGGCAACCCUGUUCCUAUUGAUGUGGCCGAGCUCAAGCGCAACACUCAAUACGGCGGCUUCUCAAAGGAUGAUGCAACAGUCAACAUUUUCUGGUACUGCCUAGAGCAUCGCUUCACCGAGGACGAGCGACGCAUGCUCAUCAAGUUUGUCACUUCAACACCGCGACCCCCUCUCCUCGGCUUCCAGAUGCUAUCGCCAAAGUUUAGCAUUCGCCAUGCAGGCACGGAUGUAGCAAGGCUGCCAACUGCGUCAACUUGCGUCAAUUUACUCAAGCUUCCUGAGUACAAGGAUGCAGAUACAUUGGAGCAGAAGUUGCGCUUGGCCAUCACCGGUCAUGCUGGGUUCGACCUUUCUUGA